ACUUCUAUCCGCCAGCCAAGCGCACUGGCUCCUCGCUGGCGCGUUUGCUUCUGAAUCCGUGCAUUGACGUGCAAAGGUUAUCACCGUUGACUUCGUGACCAGUUUCUUACUUACCUGUCUAUAAUCUUCAGCGGUAUACACUGGUAUAAACCGCGUACGUUUGUUAUUGUUUUUGUGGUUAUUAAUAUUAUUAUUAUUAAUUAUUAACAAUAUUAUAAUUAAGUACCUAUUGACAUGUCGCUCGCUGGCUUGAAUAAUAAUAAUAAUAUCAAUUAUUUUAAUAAUAUUUUUUAAUAUCGUAAUAUUCUUCCUAUUCUCGUGAAAGUGUGAAACCGCGUUACCGCGAUCUCGUCCAGUCGUGCCGUAUGCCCGUCUCGUCCAGUUCUCUGUUGUCCGGCAGUGCGCUCUUGGUCAGUCAGUCAGUCAGUCAGUCGGCCAGUCAGUCGGUCGGUCGGUCGGUCGGUCGGUCAGUCGCCUUCUUGUUAUUAUUUUUAUUAACUUCAUAGAUGUGGUCGCGCACUGCACCGCCUGCAGCUCAAACGACGGCCGUGGCAAUUAGUGCGGCGGCAGCAACUAUGACCUCCGUACUUCGGAGGUGCCGAACGUGUGUCGCGACCAGCUGAAACCCGACACCCGCUGCGGUACGAUAUUUUACGCGACCGCCGUGCGUGUGCGUAUUCCUCGAACGAGUACACGACGUCGGAUAAAAAAAGGAUAUAUUGUUAGUGUAUUACGAUCAGUCGCCGAGGCGGCGAUCGUCGUCUCGUUCCCAGUAGUGCAGUGAUAUCGUCGCGUUCCUCUGUUCGCGGGUAUUCUAGUUGUCCAUCCGAACGUCGAAGCGAAAGCGACGACGAAACACAUCUUCCCGUGGUCUGUGGCCGGAGAUCGUACCCCCUAUCAAUACGGCCUGCUCGCAAUCGCCAUGGGCCUCUUGUUUUCAAAAAUAUGGAGUUACUUCGGCACCGAAGAGCACAAAAUCGUCAUCAUUGGCCUAGACAAUGCGGGCAAGACUACCAUAUUGUAUCAGUUCCUAAUGAACGAAGUUGUACAUACUUCACCGACUAUUGGCUCAAACGUUGAGGAAGUGAUAUGGAACAAUAUACAUUUCAUAAUGUGGGAUCUGGGCGGACAACAAUCCCUCAGAGCCGCUUGGUCCACCUACUAUUGUAACACUGAGUUUGUGAUAGUGGUCAUUGACUCGACUGAUCGCAGUCGUCUGGAUUUGAGCCGUGAAGAACUGUACAAGGUAUUGAACAAUGAAGAACUUUCUUCAGCUGCUGUUCUUGUUUAUGCCAACAAACAAGACAUGAAAGGCGCAUUAACCGCUGCAGAGAUCAGCAAACAUUUAAAUCUGACUUCCAUUAAGAAACAACAGUGGCAUAUUCAAGCUUGUUGUGCAUUGACUGGUGAAGGAUUGUAUCAAGGUCUGGAAUGGAUAUGCAGUCAAUUGAAGAACAAAUGAACGCUUUUGUUGUUGUUAUUUUUUUAUUUAAUUUUAAAAAUUCCUUUUGUAGAUCAUUAAAAUGUGUAUAAAAUAUAUUUAACAAAGUAAGAAUAAAUUAUUGUAUUAUAUGAAAGAUGUAAAUAAU